UGAAGAAUCCCAGUCUGUUAAAGAGUGUUUCAGACAUGGAGGUCUACUGGAGGGUCCUGUUGCUGUGCAUUAUACUGGUUACCAGUAUGACACCAGUCUCUGCAGCAGCAGAGCCCGGUCUCAUAGAGCGCCUCCUAUUGGCCACCCACCAGCGCCCCUGGCUCUGGGGCAUCUAUGUCUUCUCUGUUGGACUUCCCAUCAUUCUUUUUAUCAGCUUCAUGUGGCCUGACAAGAGGUUUGGACCCCCUGACCAGCCGUACUAUUAUAAGAAGACUGACGAGGACCAACCUGAUGACCCUGAGGUCUCAGGGCAGACACGCUCAGUCACCAACAAAGGAAAGUCUGAUGGAUCUGUCACCAGAAGGAGAGAACCUCGUGGUCUUCAGAGGAAGUCUGACUUAGACCAGAAGUAGGACUAUGGACCGGUGCAAAGGCCUUCAGAGAGCAAACCUGGACCACCAGGCAGGAGGAGGCUAUCAUCAGAGACCGAUCCAGUCUAGACCAUGUCUGGAUGAAACCUCAUGAUGGA